AUGGGAGAAGUGGGCAUUGCUGUCCUUCCACAGAAAGGAGGACUGGGUGGAUUUAGCUGUCUCUUCCAGAUAGCGUACUGCGUGGAUUUAGCUUUUUCAGAUAGGAUCAACGGGUCUCCCCAGAUAAGAGUAGUUAGUCAUGCUGUCCCUCCCCUGGAAGGAGUAGUUGGCCGAGCUGUCCUUCCCCAGAAAGGAGUACUAAGCCUAGCUGCCUUUGCACAGAUAAGAGUAUUGAGUCUUUUGUCCUUCCCAAAUAGGAGUACUGGGUCUAGCUGUUCUCCCACAGAAAGGAGUACUAAGCCUAGCUAUCCCUCCACAGAUAGGAAUACAGAGCCUAGCUGUCCCCCCACAGAAAGGAGUACUAAACCUAGCUGUCCCUCCACAGAUAGGAAUACAGAGCCUAGCUGUCCCUCCACAGAUAGGAAUACAGAGCCUAGCUGUCCCUCCACAGAUAGGAAUACAGAGCCUAGCUGUCCCUCCACAGAUAGGAAUACAGAGCCUAGCUGUCCCUCCACAGAUAGGAAUACAGAGCCUAGCUGUCCCUCCACAGAUAGGAAUACAGAGCCUAGCUGUCCCUCCACAGAUAGGAAUACAGAGCCUAGCUGUCCCUCCACAGAUAGGAAUACAGAGCCUAGCUGUCCCUCCACAGAUAGGAAUACAGAGCCUAGCUGUCCCUCCACAGAUAGGAAUACAGAGCCUAGCUGUCCCUCCACAGAUAGGAAUACAGAGCCUAGCUGUCCCUCCACAGAUAGGAAUACAGAGCCUAGCUGUCCCUCCACAGAUAGGAAUACAGAGCCUAGCUGUCCCUCCACAGAUAGGAAUACAGAGCCUAGCUGUCCCCCCACAGAAAGGAGUACUAAGCGUAGCUGUCCCUCUAUAGAUAGGAAUACAGAGCCUAGCUGUACCCCCACAGAAAGGAGUACUAAGCCUUGCUGUCCCUCCACAGAUAGGAAUACAGAGCCUAGCUGUCCCUCCACAGAAAGGAGUAAUAAGCCUAGCUGUCCUUCCACAGAUAGGAAUCCAGAGCCUAGCUGUCCCUCCAUAGAUAGGAAUACAGAGCCUAGCUGUCCCCCCACAGAUAGGAAUACAGAGCCUAGCUGUCCCUCCACAGAUAGGAAUACAGAGCCUAGCUGUCCCCCCACAGAAAGGAGUACUAAGCGUAGCUGUCCCCCCACAGAAAGGAGUACUAAGCGUAGCUGUCCCUCUACAGAUAGGAAUACAGAGCCUAGCUGUCCCUCCAAAGAUAGGAAUACAGAGCCUAGCUGUCCCCCAACAGAUAGGAAUACAGAGCCUAGCUGUCCCCCACAGAUAGGAAUACAGAGCCUAGCUAAAGGAGUAAUAAGCCUAGCUGUCCCUCCACGGAUAGGAAUACAGAGCCUAGCUGUCCCUCCACAGAAAGGAAUACAGAGCCUAGCUGUCCCCCCACAGAAAGGAGUACUAAGCCUAGCUGUCCCUCUACAGAUAGGAAUACAGAGCCUAGCUGUACCCCGACAGAAAAGAGUACUAAGCCUAGCUGUCCCUCCACAGAUAGGAAUACAGAGCCUAGCUGUCCCUCCACAGAUAGGAAUACAGAGCCUAGCUGUCCCUCCACAGAUAGGAAUACAGAGCCUAGCUGUCCCUCCACAGAUAGAAAAACAGAGCCUAGCUGUCCCUCCACAGAUAGGAAUACAGAGCCUAGCUGUCCCCCCACAGAUAGGAAUACAGAGCCUAGCUGUCCCUCCACAGAUAGGAAUACAGAGCCUAGCUGUCCCCCCACAGAAAGGAAUACAGAGCCUAGCUGUCCCUCCACAGAUAGGAAUACAGAGCCUAGCUGUACCCCCACAGAACGGAGAACUAAGCCUAGCUGUCCCUCCACAGAUAGGAAUACAGAGCCUAGCUGUCCCUCCACAGAUAGAAAUACAGAGACUAGCUGUCCCCCCCCCCACAGAUAGGAAUACAGAGCCUAGCUGUCCUUCCACAGAUAGGAAUACAGAGCCUAACUGUCCCCCCACAGAAAGGAGUACUAAGCCUAGCUGUACCCCCACAGAAAGGAGUAAUAAGCCUAGCUGUCCCUCCACAGAUAGGAAUACAGAGCCUAGCUGUCCCCCCACAGAUAGGAAUACAGAGCCUAGCUGUCCCCCCACAGAUAGGAAUACAGAGCCUAGCUGUACCCCCCCAGAAAGGAGUACUAAGCCUAGCUGUCCCUCUACAGAUAGGAAUACAGAGCCUAGCUGUCCCCCCACAGAAAGGAGUACUAAGCCUAGCUGUCCCUCUACAGAUAGGAAUACAGAGCCUAGCUGUACCCCCACAGAAAGGAGAGUACUGGGUCUAGCUGUUCUCCCACAGAAAGGAGUACUAAGCCUAGCUUUCCCUCCACAGAUAGGCAUACAGAGCCUAGCUGUCCCUCCACAGAAAGGAAUACAGAGCCUAUCUGUCCUCCCACAGAAAGGAGUACUAAGCCUUGCUGUCCCUCCACAGAUAGGAAUACAGAGCCUAGCUGUCCCUCCACAGAUAGGAAUACAGAGCCUAGGUGUCCCCCCCACAGAUAGGAGUACUAAGCCUAGCUGUCCCUCCAAAGAUAGGAAUACAGAGCCUAGCUGUCCCUCCACAGAUAGGAAUACAGAGCCUAGCUGUCCCCCACAGAUAGGAGUAAGAAGCAUAGCUGUCCCCCCACAGAUAGGAGUACUAAUCCUAGCUAUCCCCCCACAGAUAGGAAAACAGAGCCUAGCUGUCCCCCCACAGAAAGGAGUACUAAGCCUAGCUGUCCUCCAACAGAAAGGAGUACAGAGCCUAGCUGCCCCCGCCCCCCCGGGCCCCCACAGAAAGGAGUACAGAGCCUAG